UUUUGAUUAGGUGGGUUUUCUUCGUGAAGGAUCUAGCUAUUAUUAUUGCCUAAACAAAGGCUCGGGACGCUUCUCGUGUUACCUCGUCGGUAGCCCGAUCGGCAGUAGGAAAGAAAACAAGUUACUCAAUUCCCCGUUGGCAUCCGACAUUUUCUGGGUAUAGGUUUUCACACGUUAAUUUGCUUCUCAGCUGAAUAUAUGCACCCUCUGUUGAAAUUAUCGCUUAGCUGACAUCUAUCCUGGCACAGACCCACCAUAAUCUUGUUUACUGGUUAGAAGCAAACAGUAAAUGAAGCAAGCAGUGAUCAUUAAUGUACUCUUUCCUGUAAUACCUCAGAGAUUAGAAGCCUUGGAACAGUUGCUAUGGCUGCCUUUGCAGAAUUUGGCCCAAUCAUUUCAGAGGACUUAACCAGUAGCUGGACCCUGCUCCUAUGAUUCGGCGUCGGUGAAAUAUCACGGGAUUUGAGAUGAGCUAUCCUUUUCCGAUGAAGGAAGGGAAAAGUGAGAAGGGGUGUGAAUAUUUUAAUUUUCAUAUCAUCCAUCCCUUGUAAAUAGAAGAUCAGCCGACCGUGUGCCAGAUGUGAAAAAUGUAUCAAUUAAAUCUGGAAGCUCAAUCUGGUGCUAACGCUGAUCCAGUGUCUUCCUAGAGACAACCCUUGAUUGCUCAGUCCCAGGAGAAAAAGACUACUCUGCUCGUGAAGACUCACCGGACGAUAUAUUUGCCGCCGCUCCUCGGUCCAGGGGAUCCCAACUUCUGGCUGAAAUUUCCACAUCAGGCUGAGGCUUGCCAGGCCUCGGGGAGAAGAUGCAGGUGCUGAAAUGCUCCAACAAGCUAUGGAUGCUGGAGAAGAUGUUGAAGGAGAGCUUACCCAAAUCCCUCAAGGUGUACGGAGCAGUGAUGAUCAUAAACCGCGGAAACCCUUUUCAGAAGGAAGUGGUGGUGGAUUCGUGGCCGGACUUCAGAGCGGUUGUCACCCGGCGUCAGAGACAGGCCAAGUCCGACGAUUUAGAUCAUUACACCAAUGCCUAUGCUGUCUUCUACAAGGAUGCCGGGACUUAUCAGGAAAUGUUAAAGGAUCCGAACAUCUUCAACUGGGAGCAAGUCUUUCAGAUUCAAGGGCUCCAGGAUGGAUUAUAUGACAUCGCCAAGGCGGUGGCCACCUCUAAGCAGUUUGAAACACAACUGUUCUCUUUCAAAGCAGUUCAGUUUCCUGACUCGAAGCUCAUCCCAGACGUACCGCUUCGAACCAACCCCGCCCUGCGCCUGUCUUCCCUGAGUCCGGCCGACGCCGACUUGCUCAACGGCACCUGGUCCCGGGGCGGGAACGAGCUGUGCCUCAGAUACCUCGCCGAGCUGGUCCGCCACUUCCCCAGCGUGUGCGUCCUGGGAGACGAUGGGAAGCCGGUCUCCUGGGCCCUCUCGGACCAGUUUUCCACCAUGUGUCACAGUUACACCUUGCCGGAGCACCGCAAGAGGGGUUACGGCCGCCUCGUGUCCACCACGCUGGCCAGGAAGUUACGGAGCAGGGGCUUCCCCAUUCAGGGCAACGUCUUCGAAGACAACGUGCCGUCCAUCGCCCUCCUGAAGACCUUGGAUGUCAAGUUUUUGCCCUGCUGUUUUUACAGGAUCAUCCUCACCCCCGCGGUUUUCUCUGUUCCGGCCCGCCUGUAGUCCGGAUGGAGUUUUUCCGUGGCCUCACCCUCCUGUCAGACCCCGAAAGCCUGUCCCUCGGUACGGCACUUAGUACAGUGCUUGGCACACAGUAAGCGCCGGAUAGAUACGGUCGAUCGAUAGAUUGUCCGCGCUCCCAACCUGGGAACAAUCAAAUGAGCCCCCGGGGAUAACUUGGACUAGCCCCUGCUGAUGUAUUCCGUAUCGCCUUCAAUUCCUGGGAACUGUAGACCUUCGACUCGGCUGGUGAGCUCGGUGUGGUCAGGAGAUGCGUCUGCUUAUUGUUUUAUUAAUAAUGGUAUUUGUUAAGCACUUACUUUGUGCCGGGCACCGUACUAAGC